UCCAUCCUUUCUAAACCCCCGUCCUAUGGCUUAAUUCUCAAGUAUCCCUUUCCCGCCCAACGAACCGUGACGCUUUCCCAUCUCCCAUCUCCCAUCACCCGUUCCCUUUUCUACCCAAGACCUCUGGGCGCCCAGACCUCAAUUCGAAUCCCGAAUACCUUUACAAUCGUAUACCAAUAAUUUCAUCCUAUCCCCGCUAGAACAAUUCGAUCGACUUCAAUAAUCCAGCGAGAUUUUGGAUAAUGUCGAUCAGAUAGUUCUUGAUUGAUUAUACUUCGUACUAUACUAUACUUAGCAGCUGGAACUCUAAUUGGAAAGCCGUUAUCUUUAACGUUUUCGUCGUGCGAAAAAACACAGCCACACUGGUCCAGAAAGCGACUAUAUACCGCACAUCAUAAUAACACUUAUACUUACUACUCCCGUACCCCGAUCCGAACCGAUCCAUCGAUCGCCGAAUUCGAAUACGUAACAUCCUCUGUCGCGUUUCCGUAGCCUUUAGCAGGCUAUUCUCAUUCCAUGGCGAGUGUAUCGCGAUAGCAUCACAAGUUGCCUGAACGCCGUUUCAUCCAGCGUCUCUCCGUCCUAAGAUGGAACCGCUGCGUGUUCGGCAGCCUAUGUUGGCUGCUUCUGCGACGUUAUCUGUAGGCUCCUCUUGCACACCAUAUACCCUUCCAUCAAAUGGCGUCCUACAAUUCCUGGGAGCCGACCCGACGACUCUGGUGGCUGAUGCCGUUUACUCCCCACUCUGUACGGCCGCCGCUCUCACCCCUCAACCCGCCAUUAUCGCGAAUGGCGGUUUCGACAUAGACCAAACAUCGAAUCCCUCGAACCCUCAAUUCUCCGACCUUCGCGAUCCCUUUUAUGCUUCGAUUUUCCCGCAAUGCUAUGCGUUGGCUGCCACUACAGUUUUAGCUUAUUUGUUGCUUAUUAUGCUGGUCAUUGCGCCUCGAUCCUUUCUUGACGGUGGAGUUGUUGUUCUGGGCCGACGCGGUUUCACGAAUGGCCCUUCGAAUGGAAUUAGUAUUGGGGGCCGCCCAUGGUUACAAAAAGUUGCAGCACUAACCGUCGCUAUCUCGCUUACGAUUGCUACAGCUGAUACUUUCCGCGUCGCCGAAGAACAGUACGCUUGGGGGACUCAGAAUGCUCAGCGACUCCAGGAGGACGUCCUCGGUGGAACUCAACUAAAGGUCAUUCAACUUAUAUCAGAUACCUUCCUUUGGCUAGCCCAGGCGCAGACGCUCAUCCGUUUGUUUCCCCGACAGCGCGAGAAAGUUAUCAUAAAAUGGACGGCCUUCUCACUUAUUACGCUGGAUGUUAUUUUUGGUGCUCUCAACAGUUUCCAUUAUACUGGACAAGGCAAUACCAGACCGCGAAGUUUCACGGAUGCUGUUCCAGCACUCAGCUACCUGUUCCAGUUAUCACUUGGUUUACUAUACGCUGCAUGGGUGCUUUAUUAUGCGCUCAUGAAGAAGCGAUAUGCCUUUUACCACCCACUGAUGAAAAAUAUAUGCUUAAUGGCAAUGCUCUCGAUCAUAUCGAUUCUUGUUCCCGUUGUCUUCUUCGUUCUCGACAUCGCCGAACCGGAAUUUACUGGCUGGGGUGAUUAUGUGCGAUGGGUCGGUGCAGCUGCAGCAAGUGUGGUUGUAUGGGAAUGGGUCGAGCGUAUCGAGGCGCUAGAACGUGAAGAGAAGAAGGAUGGAGUCCUUGGAAGAGAAGUUUUUGAUGGCGACGAGAUGAUGGAGGCAUUUCCUUCGGAUCUCACGUGGCCUCUGAGACGGAAGAAUAAGAGAAAGGAUGACGACGACGACGAAGGUGAGAGUAGUAACAGCUCGUCUAUGGGUGGCCGAAGUAAUAUGUGGCCUGCCAUGUCAUCUGUUGCUAGUCGGUAUCGAUCAAAAUCAGGAGGCAGUCCGGACGGACGACAACAAGCUUCGUCAACGGCCAGGUCGGCGACAAGGUUUUUACAACCCCCCAUGUGGCCCUCUCGGCCGCCCCCAGCAAUUACCCCUGUAAGCAGAACGGAUACCGCAAGCGCCGACAGCACAGUAUAUGCGGUUCGAUACCAGCCCCUUACAGAAACGACCACGAGGACUACAGAAGAAAGACACGGGCGGCCAUUAUCCAGGGGUGAUAGUGCUACGUCAUCAGUGUCAAGUCCGAUAGUGGAAAACAAUAUGCAGCCCAUGAGCAUACCUCCAUCGCAGCAGCCUUCAUCGACGACAUAUGCAGUGGAAAAGAAAGACGAGGCAAGCCGCUGGCACUACUUCAAUCCAUUUCACCGCACUGCGCGAGAACCACCAGCGGAAGUCCUUCCGCAUACAAUGCCAAAACAGCCCAAGCCUCGGCGCGACUUCGAUAGUACUGGCAGAUGGGACGUAAAAGCACGGAUGGAAAUAUUUGCUGCAACCCAGGCGGAAAGAGUUCUCGAGAAGAUUCGCCCAACACCAGACACAGAUAGCUUACCAGUCACCGUGAUUCCUGCCCCUCCACGUCGCGGCGCAGCGCUAGCUCAGUUGCUAGAAGAAGAGGAACUUCAAGUUGAGUCACACGAACCACGCGUCUCGACUUCACAACACCAGGCUCGUAAUAUUGGAGAUGAAAGUGCUGCAACUGGACCAAUGAUGCUGUCGCAGCGAGUUGCCAGAAGCAACAGCACAGCAUCAAACGCACUCAGAUCUUCUCUCAGUCCAACAGAAAGGAACAAUCCGUCAACUUCCAGGCCGCCUAUUUCGCGUGACAGCAACUCUUUUCUAGUGUCUGCUCAGAGAAGAGGAGAUCAACGUGAGAGACUGGCAGGUGAGAGGCGGCCGGUAGACGAUAUCAUACGGGAUGAGCAACAUCAUGACUCAUCACCUGUAUAGUCAUUUCCUGGCCUGAUGUCUUCAACAACAAUCUUCUUGUGAUUUUUAACGGCAGCGCGGCGCUUUGGGAUGCAUUUUGCAGCAAAAGGGGAUUCUCGACAGCAUUGUAUGGUGCAUGGGGUAUCAAAAGGGGAUGGUGUUAACAAAUGGGCUUAUUAAGUCUCUGAAUAAGGGUGAUUUAGGAAAGUAGUCACCAUGUUUUUGCUAUCAACGGGGGCUACCUGUUUUACAUGACGAAUACCUACAUGUAUAUAUAUAUAUAUAUAUCUUGAUACUUGAUACUUGAUACGAGGUAAGAGCCACGUCUUGAAUGUAUAAUACAAAGCACG